ACGUGAUUUGGAAGACGCCUGGUGUUACUGGGUUAUCUCAGUUGGUGCUCUAUUGUCAUUUCUCGCUCUAGUUGCUGCCUGCAUUUGCAGCUGUCGACGAAAUGAGAAUAAGAAUGAAUUUUUGGGACUCAAUGGUAUGGUAACACUAAAUAGUUCCGAAACAAAUAGUUUCAACAGAAUUUUGACAUUGGAUGUAUCUGAAGUUAAACAGGAUGUCAACGAUGGCAAAAGAACUACAAGUGCCAAUAGAAGUCUUCCAGAUAUUCCAAAAGAUAAGAGCAGAGAACAUGAAGAUAUGGCAAAUUCUGUAUCUCAGGAUAUUUACGAGACUACUGAAACUAUAGGAGAUCAUUCAGAACUGUAUGCUACAGUUCAGGAUGCAGCUCAGGAACAGAUGUCUGAAAGAGAAAUACAGGAAAUUGUUUUGCAAGGGUGUUCUUUGCCACAAGACGCAUCUCAUUCAUAUGGAUUUGUAUCGCCAAUGUCUAAUAGUAUUGAACAUCCAUAUGCACAACUUCAAAAUGUUCAAACAACUGAAAUUAAUCAAGUAAAUAGAAGUAACGCUAAUCAAAUCACGAAUAUUGAAAAAUCAUCAAUAUCAAUGGAUCAGUCAAAUGAAAAUCCAGUUGCGCCACCGAGAACUCGACGAUCCUCUUCACACAAUUCACUUAUCAAUUCCGAGAUGCAUUACGACAUUCAGGCCGCUAAUGCUAUCUCUGGAGGUGUUCAAGCUAAUCAAGAUUUACCUUAUAUGACACCGCCUCUCUUAAUGCUAGUACCACAUUCAUCGCAUUCCCAACAUAAUAAUCCGCAUUUUAGUGGUGAUUCUCAAGAUUCAAAAGGAUAUACAAGUAUAAGUGUAAGGGAACCAUUAGCUAAUAUAAUUGCACAAACUAAAGCAGCCUAUAAACAAAAUCAAUCUGCUCGACCAAUUACUGAUUCUCAUUAUGCUACUGUUUCUGAUGAUUCUGAUGAAAUGUAUGCUGCAAUUGAUGAACAGGAUAAAGUAUAUACCAGUGGUAGCGAAACGUAUGCACAAAUCCAACCAAUGACGUUAGAAGUACAAAGACAAGUGCAAAUCGAACAAACAGUAUUUUGUCAGCCUCCACGUAUAGAAGAGACAUAUUUUGCACCUCAACCACCAAGUGUUGAUAGUUUACGUCAUGUCGCACAUGCCCAUUCUAGACAAGGUAAUCCAAUGUAAUAAUUAUAUAAAACAAUAGAAAACAUAAUUUAAUAAAUUCAGAAGGA